CAUUUGGAAAUUAUGCAAAAAAGGACUCAAUAAUUAAGAUUGAUUUUGACCAUGACACAAUUACAUGUUCAUGGGAAAAGGACACAUCUAUCGCAUGGAUAUAUGAUAGCAAAUACCCGAAUGCUUAUAAAAACCUACUUCACGUUCAUUGUAGUAAUUAUCAAUAUCGGGAUUUGUUUCAAAUGCACCCUGAAGACUUCAGUGAUCACCCAACCACUACACCCACACCAGCGCCCUAUACAGGUUCACCUACCAGUCCUCCUACCCCACCAACGACUUUAUCGCCAGAGCCCUCAGAAGAUGCUACAAAACCUGUACGAUUCCCGGUUAAAUUAAGUUUUAAGGCAUACCUCACAAUUCUUUAA